UGCGAAGGCUGCGCACCUCGAGCGGACGGUCAGCGGUUCUGACACGACGGUUUCAGGAGCAGUCUAAAACGGUAAACCCUCCGUAAAUGGGUUUAUCACCACGUCGGCCGUUACUUUUAUCGCUUCCGUUUACCUCGACCGAUUGUUGUGGAUGGAUUAUAGUAUUCACGUCUCACGACAAGCCUUUCAACGCCCAGUCAGCAGCGGCAGCCAUAGCUCGGUCCUUGACGCUGGAGAACUCUGUAAUCUGCCCCUGCAAUGGCGGUCUUUAGUCACCAGGUGCUCUUUGCAGUCACAAGAUCAAGGGGAUCCUAUUUAUUAUCCAAGAGGCACAGCUGCUCCUCUCUGUCUCCCAAAGCCUAUCUCCACAUAGACCCUCCCCGCCAUGUCUUGUCACCAUUCCCACUCAGGCACUCUCGUUAUGGCUACCCCCACUGUUACCGGGGCCACGCCCUCAGCCGUGGGCACAGCUCCGCCCUGCUCGCCCGUUCUCUACACAGCUCAGGUGUUUGGCUCCAGGAUAUAAAACAAGAGGACUCUAAGGCCUCCCCAGCUGCUGCACAGGAUGCUUCUCAAGGCGCUAAAAAGGACUCUGUGGCUGCUGCAGCCCAGUCUCAGCCCCCGUCAGCUCCCACUCAAACGUCCACCACCACCACCACAGCGGCUGCCGUCCCUCCGGUGCAGGAGCGGGCAGUCGCGAAAAAAUCUCUGUAUCAGAGGAUUGUGGAUGAGUUGAAGCAUUACUACAAUGGGUUCCGGUUACUUGGCAUCGACAUUAAGAUUGCAGGCCGGAUGGUGUGGAGGCUGCUGCAUGGACAAGUGCUCACGCGCAGGGAGAGGAGAAGGCUGAUGAGGACCUGUGCUGACCUGUUCCGUCUGGUGCCCUUCAUGGUGUUCAUCAUCGUUCCUUUCAUGGAGUUCCUUCUUCCCGUCUUUCUCAAACUCUUCCCAGAGAUGUUGCCCUCCACCUUCGAGACAGAGUCCAAAAAGGAGGAGAAGCAGAAGAAGGGUCUCGCUGCGAAGCUGGAACUGGCCAAGUUUCUACAAGAGACCAUCGCUGAGAUGGCCCGAAGAAAUAAGGCUAAAGCUCUGACAGAGGAUGAGACACAGCGCUUCUCCACAUAUGUUCAGAAGGUCCGGGGUACAGGUGAGCAGCCCACCACGAAGGAUAUUGUCCGGUUUUCGAAGCUGUUUGAGGAUGAACUGACGCUGGAGCACCUGGAGCGCCCCCAGCUGGUGGCUCUGUGCAAACUGCUGGAGCUGCAGCCCAUCGGCACCAACAACUUGCUGCGUUUUCAGCUGAUGAUGCAACUCAGGACCAUCAAAUCAGACGAUGAGAUGAUUGCAGCAGAGGGUGUGGCAGCUAUGAGUGUGUCAGAGCUACAGGCAGCGUGUCGUAGUCGUGGGAUGAGGUCUCUGGGUCUCACCACUGAUCAGCUACGGCUGCAGCUGCAGCAGUGGCUGGAUCUGCACCUGAAGGAGAAUGUUCCUCCAUCACUGCUGCUGCUCUCCAGAGCCAUGUACCUGACUGACCUCAAACCAAAAUCCCCAGUCAUCCCACCUGUUCCCAAACUAGAGAAAGCUACCCCAGCGGAGAAUACAGGAGCAAACGCAGCCUCAGUCAGUAGUGACACGUUGACAGACCCCGCUCUCAUCAUCAAAGACAGAUCGGUGGAGGAGAUCAGAGACAAGGCUCCUGUGGUCUCGGACAAACCUCUGACACCUGCUGAAGUACUUCAGGCUAAAGCAGCAACAGAGGUGUCCCAGAAGAGCAAGAUGAGUGCCAAUGGUGUUUAAAGAGGAGCAGGAGCCUCUGGACUGAAGGGGAGAUAGACUUAGGCAGACCUGUGCCCUGGGGGGGGUUUAAGGAGCCAUUGAUGAUUUAUAUUUCAAUUAUUUGUGAAACUCCUCUGUAAAAUUUUCACCUCUUUGGACCAGAGGGAGAGGAAGAAGCAUUUCUGGCAUUUGAUGACAUCAGAUUGCGCAACUCAUCCCAGGAGUCCUGUUCCCUCCUCGUCCCUCACUCUGUUAACAUCCAGGAACAGUCUGCUGCCUCUUCUGCUUCGUCUCAGCACGGCUUCUUCGCACCCUCAGCCCUCCGCCGUCACUUUUGUGCACUCCGUUUACUCCAACUCUCCGUUAGAUUUCACUGUAUUGUCAGCCCAUUGAUAGUUUGAUUUGUUUGACCUAAUGUCCUAUAAGUGACGCCCAAACCGCCCAUGGCUGAUCCUGGUCAGCUGUCUGUUUGAUGGUGUCUCCUUUCAGUCUAGAUGUUCUCUUCCUCCUCCUCCUGUAAAUUUGUAAAUAUCUUGUAAAUUUUUGUCCCUGUCUUACUUCGCAGCAGCAGCAGCUUUGUACAGUUUGCUAUGCAAAGGCCUAAUGUCUCUUGAAAAUGUUCAAGUUUUUCUCUUUUAGCAAUUUUAUUUUGUUUUAUUUGCAUACCUUUUUAAUUUCUGUUCAGGAUGAGAGAGAGAAGUUAUCCUUUUUUCUGCUGAACUUUUUGGUUCAGUGGCUGUCCCACCUUCAUCACGCUGAAGUAGAUGCCAGAAGACGGCACAUCCCGAACCUGCAACUGAAUAAAAUGCAAAAUGUUCAGUCCAAACGUCAUUAUCUCACUUCAUCAGCAGGUGGAACAGCAUAUUUGGGACUGGCCCUGCCUCUGAACAGGGUGACACUGUGCAGCUUUUUGCUGCUGUAAUUAGCAAAUGAAGACUGGUAUGCUAUUAAGACAGUGGUCACUCCUUAAACCCAGAGGUGACUGUGGUAACGUGCAGUCUGUCACCACUGGUAAACCACUACAUGGACAAGCUGUAGAAAAACAAAACAAACAAAAUAAUACAGAUUUUAUUUGCAUAUACAGUGUAUGUAUUGUGUUUUUAACACUAUGAUGCUAAGAUUUCUUUAAAAGGAGAAAAUGCUUUUUGUUACCCGCAAAGAUAUAUUAUUAAUGUAGGGGAGAAGCUUAAAUCCUGAAGCCACAAAUGAGAUUAAUAUUAUUUUUGGUAUUGUGGCACUAAAAGAAGUAAAUGUGUAGCAUUAUGACUGAUUUGCCAAACUUUCCUUCUUCAUUCAGCUCUCAGAAAUACAGUAUAUUACCCUACAAGUUGGAAGGUUUACCACAUAGAUGUGUACUUAUUAAAUACAUUUUGUGUGUGUUUUGUAACCCUCUCAUCCCCCUUAUACUUUUGACAUUGUUAGAGUAACAAAUCUCAUUGCAGCUGGAUGAAGGUUUUGGUCUCCACCAUCUUUUCUCAUUGCUAUUUAUCCAUAGGCACCUGCCAGAGGUGGAUGCCAUAAAAAAGAGGACAUUUUUAAGCAGAUUGAUUGCUAAUUAAGAUUUAUAUUAUUGGUUUAACAUAUGUGCCUAAGGUUAAAGGGCGAUUGGGUCCUUGUUUGCAUUUUUUUUUUUUAAACCAAGGACAGAUUUUCUCUCUAAAGUUUGUUCUUUGGUUUGAUCACUCACCUCAAUGUGUUAAAAAGCUCCCAGUUGCACCUUUUCUCUUUAGUGGAAUGUCUCCCCUUUCCCUUCCUUUGAUCGAAGUAUCAAUCCAAAUCCAAAUGAAUCCUUUCCUUAUAGUCCAGUGUUGAUGCUGAUGGGAAACAAUCACAUUUUCUAUCAAAUCUGCACUGGUGGUGUGAAGGAGCUCAAGAAAAGUAAAUUUUAAAUAAAGAGAAUAGUUGCUUUAUCGUUUCUGGUUUGUGAUCUGCGGUUGUAUUUAAAAAAAAAAAAUUCCCCCAAAAUUCUGAGUGGAUGUGAACUGAUUUAUGUAGCAUUUAUAGCAG